AUACGCACCAUGGCCAUUUUGUACGUCCAAGUCACUACAUACUCUAGUACGGAGUAUAUGUAAAUCCUCACUCCGGCGGCGGCGGCGGGAAUCCGACGGUUAUGAAAAUCUUUUUGCAGCCGCGUACGGCGGAGCUCUGAGAUUCCCCUCGCAGCUGCGCGCCAGCCACAUCCGUACAAAUCUUAUCUCCUUCAUCUUCCUUUCAAUAACCGGCUAAAAUGGCUGCCGCCUCUGUUCCCUGGCUUCAAUUUCCGGCUCAAUCAUUUCACUCCAAUUCCACCAUUUCUUCCGCCAGAUUCAAACCUUUAUCCAUUUCAUCAUCUCCCAUAUUUUCCGGGAAUCCGGGGAGGUAUUGUGUAAUUAGGUGUACUUCAUGGAAUGAAUGGAAGCAGGGUAGCUCUUCCACUGAGGCGAGGAAGGUCGAGAAGGUUCGGGAAGAAAAGCGGAGAGAAGAAAAGAGGAGGGCUGAACUCUAUGCUCGAAUUGCUUCCGGGGAGUUCACUGCUGAGCAAUCUGGGAUUUCAUCAAUCCUUAUCAAUGGGCUGGCAAGAUUGGGUGUCCCUAGGGCAUUUCUUGAAUAUCUGUUUAAGCUAUUUGGUGGCCGUGAAGGGUAUCCUCGGAUUCCAGAGGCAAAAGGAUCCAUUAAGGCCAUUAGGAGUGAGGCUUUUUUCAUCCCACUUUAUGGGCUUUACAGAACAUAUGGUGGGAUAUUCAGACUGACAAUUGGUCCCAAGGUUUUUUUUGUUAAUUUUUAUUUUUUGCUCGUAUCCUUAUUGAUAUAUAUCCGGGAGCAUGCCCAAAGACUCUCCGUAGCCCGCCAAGGGAAAGACAGAUCAGGGGAAUAAAGCCCAAGUGUGGUGACAUUAAUUGGGUUGAAACUUCUCCAUUUUCCUGUCUUAGAACCCAACCCAACACCAUGGUUGUCCUACACCCACCCUAGGCUGAGCCCACUCUCCAUACCUUCCCUAAACAUCCAAAAUAUUUCCUUUUCAAAAUAAAGUUUUCCUACUCCUAUUUUAGGCCCUGGCCGAAAAUAAGAGUGUGUAAACCACAACCUUUGUUUGUUGUUAUUUUCUUUCUUUUAAACCUUUUAAUAAACAAAUAAAACCUUCUAUCCUUUUCUAUAAAUCCCAGGCCAAAUAUCCCUCAUUAUCCCAACACAACAUCAACCAAGAUAUUCCCCAUUCUUAUCCCCUUUAUGUUCCCUACUAGGGCUGAAUAAACAACCACAAAAAGCCAAGGGACAUUUGAGUUGUUGUUGAUACACCACCUACUAAAUCAGUCACCUCAUAUGACCAAGAAUAUAAGGCCAAUACACCAUCCAUCACCCAUCUUUGUUUGUCCCCU